UUUUUUAUUUGGUGACAUUUCAGAUUUUCUCUCAUCUUUUUUUCUAUUUUAUUUUUCUGCACGGUACGUUGGUUGGAAAAGAUCGAAAUGUGUUUGCGUAUCCAGAAUGGGUCCUACGUUCUGCUCCCACCCGAAAACAUAUCAAAUUACACAGUCUCUGUUUAUAGUUGUCAAUCGCGUAAAUACGACACAGUCGACACACUUGAUUACCCACUGGCAAGACUCUGGAACGAACCCAAAUCGAAUUAGUCUGUCGUUAUAUUUCUUUAUGAAUACGCAGUAAAGUGUGAGUUCCCAUUUUUAAAAUAUUGGCCGACAAUCGCGACAAUAAAUUAAUCUAGUUUCGGUAUAUGUUCACCAUUCACCAUUUAAGAUAAGUUGGUCCUUUUUACCAUAGUACGUUUUCUUUAAUUUUCGGAAAAUUGGUUCGGAAAAUAGUAACUGAAUUUCAAUUGAUUUGCAAUAAAAAACGAAAAACUUUUAAUUCAAAAUGGCUAUGACUCCAAUGCAAAUCAUCCUCGCCAUCAUUUUGGCUUUUGCCUUAUUUUGCUGCAAUUGCCAAUCAAUCGACCCCGGCGUUUCUUCCUCUUGGGAAAAACUGCAAAUCUCACCGGACACGUUAACUUUCAUGGAGUACGGCGACUUUCUCGUUGAAAUUUACGAACACGCCAAUAAUCACAAAGCAACAACGAGUACCAGCCAGAAAAAAUACUUCUACUCUCCCCUUGCGCUAUUGGACCAAAACAGUGCCGUUAGUGUAUACAACAACGUCACGAAUCAACCAGAGAUGAGAUUUCGUGUGGAAAUGUGGAACGACAAAGUCCAAAAGGAAGUGGUCAAACAUUUAAAAAUAUCUAUCGGUCAAGAAAUACAAUCCGAUAAAGUGAGAGUUAUUCCGUUGGAGAAGGUCAUCCUCACGAGCAAAAGACCCACAGUGGAUUAUUGGCUGUAUCCAGAGUGGACCAAUUAUGACGAGAGCAAAAUCCUGUGGUUUUCUCUAUCGUGUCAUGAGCAGAAAAUCUGCGAUAAACUGGCCAACGAAAUGCGAUCUAAACCCGAACAAUUUGACCAUUUAAAACUGCUGUACAGUUUGUCAUCGCAAACGUCGCAAACUAAACAUACGACCAUCAGCAUCGACAGUGUCACUUCCGGUCAAUUGGUUUCUACUCUUUUACAGAAAUUUAAAGACAAAAAAGAAAUUUUUUUGACGGCCAGCGAUGAGAAGAAAAUGUUGGCGGAAAUGGUCACUAACAUCCGAAUGGACACAUUUGACGACUACGAGGUCGUGUCUCCGGACACGGAAUCGCAAAUUUUAAACAUUUUAAAAGAUUUGCUGGUCACAUCCAGGACGACCAUAAGAGAACAAAGUGACAAAAUGUGGGACUCUGUUUUCUGGCAUGAGGACAAUCACCGGCCGGAUUGGACGACGAAAACUUUGAAUGAAAUCAUCAACGAACUGGACAAGGAAACUCAGAAGAAAUUGGCGGACAUGUUUCCAAAAGCGGAGAAACAAUCGGAUGUCAUUCAAAUAUCAAAUUCGAGUAAUCAAGACGAGGAGGUAAAAAUGGAUGGAGAAACUGGUCGCUCAAAUCAAACGAACGAUGCGAAUGAAAAUGAAAUGAGAAGAUCAGAAGCAACAGACCAAGAGCAAACCAGCCGCAAUCAAACUCGCGAUGACAAAUCGACAACCAGCAGAGAUGACACGAAUGUCACUGCCGGUGUGUUGGUUUUUGAUGAUGACACUAAAGUCGCAAUAGAAAAUAUCAACACUCACAAUACCGAACAAGAAAACGAGACGAGUGAAAACGCAAAGAAAAUUUCGAAUGAACAUAAUAGAAAUGUGGAGAAUAAAGAAAAAAUCCAGCACAAUUACGACUCAAAUAGUUGGGCUGACGUGGACAGAAUCAGUUCAACAAUUUCAGGAAAAAUGUGGAACGAUUCCUUUUCCCGCCCAUCCGAAAUAUUGACAGCAGAAGUGGAAAAUAUAUUGCAAAAAAGCAGAAACCACGUUCAAUGGGACGGAGAGAAAUUCGUGCCCAAACCGAUACAACUGAGCAGAAUCAAUUUGGACACAUUUCGUGAUUCUCAAUCGUUUCAGGAUCACAACAUUCGUGUCAGUUACACGACCGCCGAACUGUCGGCGCCGAUUAAAGUUAUGGAACGUGCAAGAUUGACUAUCACCGACGAAUUGAACAAUCUGAAAGACGAGCUCAAAGAUACUAAAGAACUCUUAAGGACAACUGUGAUGAACUUGGUAAAUACGAACACCGAACUGGGUAAUGUGAAGAGUGAUUUGACUAAUAAAUUAGCAGUGACUAAACAGGAGUUGGAGAAAAGCAAAAUCGAGUUGGACAAAACCAUGGCCAAUGUCAAUAAUUAUACUACAAAAUUAAAGGCGACUGAAACAGAGUUGGCGGAAAUAAAAAUCACGACCGCAAAUUUGUCAACUGAACUCAAAAAGUGUGACGCGAAUUUUCAACGAAUAGGUCAAGAAGAAAAAGAACUAAAGGUUGCUGAAGAAAAUCUGAAAAAGGAACUGGAAGAGACUAGGCAGGAGCUUGAGAAUACUAAAACUGAACUGAAGGAAACGGGGACUGAUUUAAGGAAAAAUUUCGACGAUUUAUUAGCAAUACUAAACGCGAAAUUGGAACAGCUAGGGUUCGAAUUUAAAGUCACCGCAGACAAUCUGAGAAAAGAACUUGAAGCAACUCUAAGUCAAUUGGAAACUGCAACAACAUAUUUGUCCUCAACGAGAAUGGAAUUGAGCAGCACCAAGUCCGCCGUUGCGGAUUUGACGACCCAAUUAAAUGAGCGAACGAGUGAAAAAGUUGACAUUGGUAAAAUGCCGAACUCGUGUGCAGAUCUGCAGCGAAUGGGGCAUAAACUGAGCGGAUUCUUUUCUGUCAAAGGAUCAAAGAAGAUGGAAAUGAUUUACUGCAACUUUAAUGCUGAUCAAAAUGACACACAGAAAUGGAUCGGAUACGCCGACGUCAAAUCGGCGCCCGUCCAUUUCUACGUCCAGAGAAAUUCUGAAUGUUACAACCAAUACACUCCGAUUACGUUCAAUUUGGCGCGGGUGAACGAGGGAAAUGCCAUGAAUUUGGCAUCGGGAAUAUUCACGGCACCGCGACCGGGAAUUUAUUUUUUCUCUUUCACGGGAGUGGCGCGUCUGAAGUUCAAAAGUUCUUCGUUAAUUUUUUCAGCUUCAUCUCACUCUAGGUUAAGUUCUCGUCUUUAUUUGAACGGCAAUCUAAUUGCGAGUAGUUUUGUUCAGGAGUACAACAGCGCCACGGAUCAAUUUAGUCCGUUGACCCUCCAAUCGACGCUGAGUAUGAAAAAAGGCGAUCGAGUUUGGGUGGCGAUUUCUUAUUCUGGUUCAUACUCGAAUUUUUAUUUGCAUGACGACGGUGAGCACAACACCCAUUUCACGGGAUUCAUGUUGGAGGAGGAAAUUGGGGCGUCCCUUUAAGGUUUUUGGGGAAAAAAUUUUCAUUGGGUAAUGCAAGGGGGAAUGGCAAAAGAAUUCUUUCGAUUCUAAUCCAUUAAGGGGUGGGGAUUUCUUCACAAAAAUUUGACUGUGUCUGCAAUAAGAUUUUGUGAAUACACUAACCAAUUUUGAA